CAUCACAACAUCUUCUCCCCGCCCUUUUCAAUGACACGUCGCCUCAGCUAAACACCCCUCGCCUCCCCCCGAAAGAAGUUUGCACUUGUUUCCACACACCCCCGUCAUCUAAUCGUACCUGAGGCGCUUUGAUCAGGUGCACCCAAGUGUGGCGAAGAGCUGUCACCGAGCGCCAGUUUAAAAACAAGGAGUUGCGAGGAAAACUCCCUGACAACGGGAGCCUGUGGCGUUUGGCUGAAGUCAGCGGCGUUUGCUCACUUGUCUUUUGUUAAACGUUCACUAAUAGUCGCUGACGUGUGCAGCCUGCACGGCUCCAAGUGCUGUGUACCUUCCCAGAGAUGCCCAGAUCUGAGGAGGGGAAAUGUGGAUUUCGAUCUGAAACUCUCCCGAGUCAAAACAUCUGAGAGCUGAGACCCCGAGCUCUCCCGGACUGCAGUCCGAUUCGUCAGACUUUGGGAGAAAAGAGACCUUUUCUAAAAAAAAGAUUCAGUAUACAGAUGCAGAUGCAAUGGAGCUGAGCUGCCGUGAAGUGCCAAUAUAUGGUCAACAGUCUAUGCUAGCAGUGUUUGAAGCGACCUGUCCUGUACCUGACGGUGCCGAAUGGUACUUUGUAUAUGAGGGUUCAAGCCAGAAUCAUGUAACUGUGGCACAGAGACUUAAUGCGAAAACACUGGAGUCAGUUGUUCCAGGUCAUGAUACUUUAGAAGAUGUUACAGUUUUGGCAUGUACAUACACAGAGGCACAAACAGUAUCUAUCCUUGGGUGCAGCAGGAUAACAUACAUUGAGGAUGUAGCAUCUAAACUAACUCAAGUUCUGGUUGAAAGUGCUGGGAUGGUGGAUUGCACCAGCCACCUGACUCUACUUGAACAAUUUGGCCUAACCAGAGAGGCUGCACAGUCUUUAGAUGAAAAUAUGACAGCUGCCAUUGAGCAUUUGGAAUUACCACCAUCUUGGAAUCUGCUUGGAAAGUGGUCAGGAAAAGAGAUAAACCGCAAGGAAACCCUGCUACAUGUUUCAGUGAGACUAGGUCUUUAUAAAUUCUCUCAGUUUUUACUGUGCCAGCCUGGUGGAAUCCAAGCUGCGAUUGUGCCCAAUGAGGAAGGACUGAUGCCCGUGGACUUAGCUUUGCAGAAUGGGAUGCAUUGCCUUGCUGAAUAUUUGAAAGCAUAUUUGUACUGGAAGAAGCUACUUGGAAUUGGGGCACUCCUUUUCAGAUGGUGGAAAAACAAUACAGUCUGUAUUGAGAAUUCCCAAGUCACACCAUCAGUUGGAAUCUCAAAGACUUAUGGUGACAGCCACAUACUACAGAAGUGCCGAAGUAGACCAAACACACCUAUACUGACUGUGGAUAACAAGAUAAGGCAUUCGCUGGAGUCAGAUAUUCUGCUGCUGCGGGGAUAUAUACAUGAUACUAACUUGGAGAAUACGGGAAAUGCAAACAUGGAUGAACUGAAGUUGAAUCACCUCUGUACAGGGGAAGACCAUAGUGAAGUAAAAGAAGAACAAGCCUGUCCCAGGAACUUGGUGUUGUCCCAGUCGAAGUGGUGGUUCUCCUUCUCCAUGUGGAUUGAGACGAAUUUUUGUUCUGAAACGUUUACCAAUGAACCAGGUCACUCGAUGGGAAGCACAGAGAAAGAGACCUGUGUUGAGCACGCUAGCACUCUGGGAAAUCAAGCAGGUUUAUUGCUGGAUGGAGUGGAUCAGGCCCUACUUGAUACAGAGUGCAAACAUUCCUCACAAGAAUUCCUCAAGAAGUCAACGCCAAGUUUGUCUACCUUUCUGGCUGCAGCAAGACCUUCUUCCAUGCUGAAUGACAGAGAAGAAAUUUAUGUCAAUUGUAUGGUUGUAGAUCAGGUUAAUGAAGGCAGUAUAAACUAUAAUAGUAACAAACUUACCAGUGCAAGUACCAGUACUACUAACGCACUGCAUGAGAAGUCAUCUGACGACCAUCUUUGCCGGGCUUACAAUGUCCCCCAGUCAAUGGAAUCCAAUAUACCUACAUCAUUAGAAGACAAUCUAUGUAAGAAGCAUUCAAAUUACUAUCUUGAGGACCACAUAGACACACUUUUGAAGGAAGAUCAGAAUGAUUUUACAGAACAAGUUUCUGAUUUGUCUUCACCUGAUAGUAUUUUAUGCCGAUCAUCGUUAUUAUCACAGCAGCAUGAUUGUGUCAAGGCAGAAAGUCUUUCCACAAGCAUCAAGUAUAAGCAAAGGUUCAGCUUUGAUGGCAUUGAUGCAGACAGUGAAGGAGAAGAGGUUUCAGACAGGUCUCCGGGCUCAUGCACUCCAAAAUCUCCUAAUUCUGUUGCAUUAUUUGCCAGCAGUGGAGAUGAACUGGAUUCUUUUGAGAUUCACCAGGAAACUGAGAUAAACAUCAAGGAAUCUGAAUCAAGGUCUUCAUCCAACAGCUUGUUGCCAAAGGAGUCUGAAGAUACUGGAAUUCGGCUGAGAUCGUACUCCCUUUCCUCUCCUAAAGUGACUCAAAGCAAAUCUCGAUUCAUGAAAGAUUUUGGUGUGUUUGAUUCCCCAAACGAAGAUGGUGUUUUCAGCAGUGGACGAUCCCUUCUUCAAGCACUCUCACUGUCUAAAUCAGUUUCUCUGCUACACCAUAGUAAACAGCGAACCUUCAGCCUGCCUGAGCAUCCGAAAGAAAAAAGGGAACUUAGUUUUCGCAAAUGGGCACAAUCAGCUGAUGAGGAAGGAAGUUCGGAGCUAGCAGACUCGCUGCAGCAUCUGACUUUGUCGGAGUUUCUUAAAGAAAUUGAAGAGGAAGAGUGGGGCAAGUAUAUUAUUCCUUCAAAAGCAGAGACUGAAAAAUGUAAAGUGAGUCGUACGUUCAGCUUCCUCAAAAACAGAAUGACGAGCACCAGGAAUAAGGGCAAGGGGAAGCAUAAAGAUCCCAAGGAAAAGGAGAAAUGGAGCAAUGGCCACCACUUCAUUGCAGGAAUUAUUUCAGGGACACUACAGUGCAUGGUUUGUGACAAGCUUGCUGGUGGAAAGGAUGUUCUACAGUGCUUCAAUUGUACCAUGAGUAUUCAUAAAAGUUGCAGAGAUUCUGUUCCUAUGUGUAUCAAGGCCAAGUAUCCAAAUCUUCAAGAUAAAUGUCAUGUAACAUCCCGAAGCAAACCAACCCACUGUGUGCACUCAAAUUCACUCAAGGAUGCAUCACAGCCUGCGUUCCUAUCAAUGAACUCCACGUCAUCAUCUUUGCCUAUUGGGCUUUUUGCUGUCAAACGAGAAACUUUGCUACAACAUCAGCCACUGUCAAAAAGUGCUUCUAGUAUUAGUGUAGAGAGAAGAAUUACGGAGUCAAUGGACAUGGAGGUAGAUAGCUAUGUUUCGCGGAGCAAAUCACAAUCAGAGGAAUUGCUUCAAACAAUGGGCACAUCUCCUUCGACAGAAUUGCUUGCAUUAGAGGAUAAUGUAGUCCCUUCAAUACGUGGAGAACUUGAGUUUGAUGCACAGGAGUUUAAAGCUGAGUCCUGGAGUCUUGCUGUUGAUCAUGCAUUCAGUAGUAAACAACAGAAAGAUCUGAUACAGAGACAAGAUGUUAUUUAUGAGCUGAUGCAGACAGAGAUGCACCACAUUCGGACCCUGGAGAUAAUGUCAGAAAUUUUUAGGAAGGGCAUGAAGGAGGAGUUGCAAUUAGAUCACAACACCAUUGACAAAAUAUUUCCAUCUUUGGAUGAACUCUUAGAAAUUCACAAGCACUUUUUUUUCUGCUUAAAAGAGAGAAGGCGGGAGUCUUUUGAGGAAGACAGUGAAAGGAACUUUUUCAUCAGUAAGAUUGGUGAUAUCCUUUUACAACAGUUUGCAGAUGAAAAUGGCGAUAAAUUGAAGCAAACCUAUGGUGAUUUCUGUAGCCACCACAAAGAAGCAGUCAGUUUCUUUAAAGAACUGCAGCAACAAAAUAAGAAAUUCCAAAACUUUAUCAGGCAACAAAGCAACAAUCUGCUGGUUCGACGCCUUGGUGUACCAGAGUGUAUAUUACUUGUUACCCAGCGGAUCACCAAAUACCCAGUCCUGCUCGAGCGAAUACUGCAAUACACAAAAGAAGGAACAGAAGAGAAUGAGGAUGUGGCAAAAUCUCUGAGUAUGAUAAAGGACAUAAUAGCAGCAGUUGAUACAAAGGUCAACAAAUAUGAGAAAGAACAAAAGCUAUUGGACAUCUUAAAUAAGUUUGAAAACAAAACGUGUGGCAAGUUAAAGAAUGGCCGCAUAUUCCGGAAACAGGACCUGAUCAUCAAAGGGAGGGAGUUACAGCAUGAGGGCUCCAUGUAUUGGAAAACAGCCACGGGACGCUUGAAAGAUAUUACAGCUCUGCUUCUUACUGAUGUGCUGAUUUUCCUGCAGGAGAAAGACCAAAAGUAUACUUUUGCAACUGUGGACCAGAAGCCUGCAGUUAUUUUGCUGCAGAAAUUAAUUGUCCGAGAAGUAGCCAAUGAAGAACGAGGAAUGUUCUUAAUUAGUGCUUCAUCUGCUGGACCUGAAAUGUAUGAAAUGCAUACAAACUCAAAAGAGGACAGGAACAACUGGAUGAGACUGAUUCGAAUGGCAGUAGAGAGCUGUCCUGAGGAGGAGGAAGAACGUUUAAGUGAAUAUGAAGAGGACAAGCGUAUUGCUGAGGCAAGGGCAGCCAGGACCCAGAAAUUCCAAGAGCGACUGAGAUUCCAGGAUCAGCUAGUUUGCAGUAGCUUAGAGGAGAAGCUGCAAAUCUAUGCAGAAAUGGCUGAAAGAAAUGGCUAUGAAGAAGCUGGCCAGGAAACGCAGCUUUUGAUCAAACCAGAUACCGUUGAAUUUCCACAAGCUGGAUUUUUAUUGACUGCUGCAGUCAGGGAGGCUGAAAGUCUGCACAGACUACUAACAUCUCAACCAUGCAAUUUUGCUGAACAGUCACGGGAAGGUUUGGAAGAAGCAGUGAUGCCACAAAAACUAGAAAUGUUUGGGAGCUUCAGUUUGGGAGUUUCACAAUCAUCUGUGUAUGUACCCGAUGCUAAGAUCCCAGAUCCUCAGUUAUCAGUUGUGGAUUCAAUGAUGAAACAGACAGGAAGUGUAUGGUAUGGCUUUGACACUCCAUUUUUGCAGACAGAUGGUGAACUCUACAGACCUAGAUCACAUGACACUGUACGAAAGGUUGUUCACAGUGUGCAAAAUAUCACUCAGCUUCUUUACAGUUUGCAGGCAGUAGUGACCAUGCAGGACAGUUACAUAGAAGUGCAGCGAUUGAUCUUGCAGGAGCGUGAGCGGUCAGCUCAUAUCCAAGGCACCCGUGGGAACUUGCUUCUCGAGCAAGAGAAGCAGCGCAACAUGGAGAAGCAAAGAGAAGAACUGACAAACGUACGCAAACUUCAAAGCAAGCUGUACCAUGAACAGAAGCGUUGGGAACGAGAAUGUGAACGCAGGCAGCGGGAACAGGAAGCACAAGAGAGUAGGCUACAGGAACGAGAGCAAGAAUGUCAGCAGCAGGCAGAGCAGAUGUGGCGAGAGCGGGAAGAGUUAGAGAGCCAGUGGAAAGAGUACCAGCAAAAUCUGGAGAGACUGAGGGAAGGCAUGAGAAUGGUGGAAAAGGAAAGAGACAAAUUGGAGGCGCAGCAAAAGCAUCUAAAUGCCUGGAAACACAGUCGACAGAGGAGCCUGCCUGUAAUGAUGUUCCCACAGGAAACCAGUCAGGUUCCGAUUCACACUCGCACAGGAAGUUUGGGCGGUGGGGGAGUAGAUACAGCAUCGGUCUUUGUAAACGAGGCAGCACUCCAAUAUUCACCAAACAAUUAUCAAAGAGCAAGCAGUGCACAGACAGUUUUUGAGCCUCAUAAAGUGGAGAGCACCUUGAAUUCUAUUGUUAGGAUUAAUGAAAACUUGAAAAAUGAAGUUCCUGUUCAGCUGCGCAGUGCAACCAAUCAGCUUCUGAAACCUACAGGCAUUCAACAACAGAUACCAACAAAAUUGGCAAGUUUCUCCAAAGGAGACAGAGAAAAAACCAAAGCUUCCUGUGACCAAGAGAACUAUAUAAAAGAGAUGAUUAACACAAAAGAUAAUCUUGAGAAAGCAAGUAGUUCUUCGAGUCAUGUGUUACUAGAACAUCAAAGUGUUACUUUCAAUUCAGAUCUGAAUAUCAAACAAACAACCUUGUCUGUUCAGAAACCAGCUUCAAGCACUCUGCACCAGGGGGGUUUACAGUCACAGCAUGAAAUGCAACUGUUAGUUCAAGAAUGCUCAUAUGUCCCGCAGGAAAGCAAACAUGGACAAAAAGAUGGGGCUGAAGAGGAGAACGUAUUUUACUUCUGAAAGUCAUUCAACAUUAGCACUUUUGAGUCAAACUAGAACAACAUAUGGCCACCUUGACCUCUUGGUCAUAUUCAGUUAAAUGUUACAAAUAGAGAAAUCUAACAGUUAAUUCUUUACUAAGCCUUGUAGUCCCUGAUAUGCUUAUGAACCUUGAAGUUUCAUGAAAUUUAUUACACUUUUCAGUUUAGUGAUAAGAUUGUGAUAUAUGAAAUAGUAUAUCAUCAGUUACGUCAUGCUAGCUGAAGCAGUUAUAAAUCAGAAAAGACCAUAUCUAACUUGCAGUCUUCUUAUUUCAAGGACAGGAUUUGAUAUUUUUUCCGGAAGUUCUUAAGUUAUUAAUUACAACAACCUGAUUUUCUUUAAUCUUAGGUCCAGUUUCGAAGGUUAAACACUAUCUUGCUUAGCCAGUUUAUGGUUAAUUUCCCAGGGUCACAGUGGCCUCCCACUGUACAGGAUCUGUUUUAUUUUAUUAAUUCUACUGCCUGUCAUUAUUAAAAUUGUUGAACAUGAUUUAUGACCUACUUAACCAUCACUAAAGUUGGUUCAAUUGUAAUUUGAUCCUCCACAUCAUGAAUUUAGUAUACAUACAUUUUAAAAGUAAUAUAUCUUGAAAUUGCUUUGUUUGAUCUAUUUAAGCCCAACAUUUUGAACGAUACCUGCAAAAUUAGAAGGUUCCAGACUAAGAGAGACCAUUGUACUCUAAUUCACUCAUUGUUAACUAGGCAAAUAUCAUGACCUACAAGCUUUUCACAAUAGUCAGUUGCUUUCUGUGACACAUAGCUAUCCAAUUUACUAUUGAAUUUCACAGCACUAUCCAUCUCCACCGAUUCCCUGGGUAAUUUGUCCCCUGUAUUCAUCAUCCUCUGUGUUAAGGUUGUUAAAUCAAAAGUGCCUGUAAGUUAGCCCCUGUUUUGGCCUAGUUCCCUAAACUUACUGUACUAUUUAUGUUUAUGUUAAAUAUAGUACUAGAUUAGAGGAAGAAAUAAUUUGCAUUUAUGUAGUAUCUUUGAUAACUCCAAGGAGUCUCAAAGCAAUGUACAGCCAAUGUAGUCCUUGGUUUUAAUUUACCUUUAUACCUUAAGUUCUCGAACAUGUCAAUAAUGUUUUUUACGUAUGAUCUUCUCAAAGCUCAGAUACCUAAAUUAGUUCACUGCAAUGUCACCUGUGGGGAUAGAACAGUAUUACUAGUGUAGGUGGCCACCUGACAAUACAGUACUCCAGAUGCUUUGAAUUGUUUGCCACUUUUUGAGAUCUGUAUUUUAUACCCGGCUGCAAACCUUAAGAGGUUGUUUAUUUCUUUUCGUUCAUCCUUAUUAUACAUUUGUCUUGUAUUUUCAAGAUAUUUCCCAGAUACUCCUGUAUCUCCCUCUUCUGUAAUUUGCAGAAUAAUGCCAAUUCAGUCUCAUAUUUUUGUGAAUAACAGGUGUCAAUUACCAAUCUAAUUACCCUUGAUAUUAGCUCUCUUUGUUCUAUUAUUUAUAGUUAUUUUCUUCUUCACCCAUUUAUCCAGGUUUAAUAGACCCAGCAUACAUUUUUUUUUCCCUGUUCCAAUUCCCAAAUAACUUUCAUAUGCAUUGUAAAUAAUAGUGGAUCAAACACUGGUCUCUACAGGCGUCCUGUUAGACAUCAUCUUGCUUAUGCAGCUCCAUGUACAGUUCUCCUUCAUUUCCUCUGAUUCAGCCAAUUUCCAGUUCACUUCAGAAACUUGGCUGCUGUUUGUGGUAAUGUGCCCCUUGAGUUUGUUAACCACUAAAACAGCCAACCAUUAAUAGUUGAAUUUCUUUGCUGAAUUGUUAUUAAUGACAAUCUGUGGUCCAAUUUAUUCUCAUUUGUUUGAAAUGUUAAGAUUUGUCCCGCAAGUUUUUCUGAAGUACCAGUGACAUGCACUACUACAGCAAGGAAUUUAUUUAAUCGUUAUCAUCUGACUUCCCCUGUACAUGACUGUUACAUUAAUGCAAGAGUUUUUGAGUCACAGAAUAGAAGUAGAGACUAGUGCAGAGGGAGAUCACACAACCAAAAUGAAUGUAGUCACACUAAAGUAAUAUCUUAACUUUAUCCUUUAUUACGAAGGGACCAGAAAAAAAUGUUUAUUGCCAUAGGCCACAAAGGAGAAUUCUGUUCCUAAACUUCUGAUGUUCUACUUCUCUGUCCUCUUGUAAGAUGGUCCAUGAAACCUAUUUCCGUGACCAACUAUAGGUCAAUUUUGCCAGUAUAACUUUGCGGUGAUGUGUUAAAUUUUGCCUGAUACAAUACAGAGAAAUACACUGGGGUGUUUUUACUAUGUUAAAGGCGUUAUAUAAAUGCAAAUUUGUGUUGUUACAGAGUGGAGUUGUGUAAAAUUAUCAGACACUUGCAGGACCUAAUGGAUGAACUAAAAAAAAAUGUAUUUCUUUGGUUGAGUAUUUCUACCAUGUUAGGGAGAAGUAUAUCAAAUAUAUUUAAUACACAGAGUGUAGAUCAUGCGCACAACAGGUCUCUUCACUCAGGAGCUCUCACCCCAUUUUCCAGCUGCCUUUAAUGCUAGAGUAUUAUUAAAUGUCUCUCAGUGAGAACUCAGGUAUUCUAAAUGUCUGUUUGCUUAAGAAAUUUCAUAAGUUAUGCCAAUAUCCACAUUAGAUUGAUAACUUCCAAAUUAACUUAAACUAUAACUAUUGCAAUGUAAUUCAAUGCUUGAUCCUGUUCAGUAAUUUUAUUAGAAUCACGUAAAAUGGUUACCUCCAAUGACCUAUCUGUACGUGUGUAUUUGGAUUCCUGGUUAUAUUCAUAGUGCCUGUGUUUUUACUCAUCAAAAUGUAUAUUAUGUGGGGCUGGAUUUCACGGUGCACAUCACAGUGGGAUCCAUGUCAGCCGGGCCAUUUAAUCAUGGAACCAUUCUCCUGGUAGUUGAAAACCCCCUCCAAUUAAAUUGGAUGAUGGAAUAGAGUGAUGCAGGAUUCCAGGCUUGGCCAGUGGGAUGACAAUCAGGCUCAUUAAUGAGAUCAUUCGUACUCACUAUCCCUAAAUCCACCAUAACGUAUGGCAACUGAGCUUUGGGGAUUAAAUGGAGGCUGCCCAGAUCUCUCAUGUCCAAAUAGCCAGCAAAAAUCUUGUUGGGUUUUAUGUGUGGUCACCCAAAGUUGGGAAGUCCGUCGACAUCAGAUUGUGCCAGGUUGAAGAACUCACCAUGAGGCCAAGGACUAACCACUGAAAGUCACUCCUUGCCUUUGCUUCCAACUACCCUUCCUCCUUUCCCAAAUAGCACUUCCCAUGACCAGCAUCUUGUCUCCAUUAGCUGUGUCCUGGAGUCCAUUCAAGAUGCUGGGUCUCAGGUGGGUGCAGUUGCUGCAGACAGUCACUGCUCCUGCUGCUGGCCUUUGAAUAGCCACCAGCUCUCAGCAGAAUGGAUUUCUACCAUCAGGAUCUUCAAUCAGAAUGAAGGCCCAAUGGAAGCCUUUUAAAUGCCAGAAGGAUAAUUAAUUCUAUUGGGCACCCCCAUGGAAAUGAUCAUUCCUCACCCAAUCCCUAGAUCACUGAAUAGUGGGUGAGACCACAUUUGUUCAACAAAUCCAUAAUAUCAACAUUUAUUCGAGGCCUGAUUUUCACUACCGAAUCAGGUAACUUGAGUUGUGAAAUUUCCCUACUCAGCUGACCGGUCUUAAUAUAAAGGGUCAUGUUAGACCUAAUUAUAGGUAGACUCGUGUCUAGACAGGCUGUUUAGAAUUGUGGUUUUCCCAGUCUUUAUCCCAGUUGUUUUACAGAUUGUUAAGUGAUUUAGUUCUCAAACAACCUCACCCUUCAACCAAACCCCAUGGUUCCUGCUGGUCCUGAUGCACAACUCUCCCUUUCCCCUUCCCCAACUAUCCCAGUGCCACAUCAUAUUGCACAGGCCAUCUCCAUGCCAACUCAAGCUCCACACUAUCCUCAUGACCAACCCCAUGUUCAUGCCACACCUUUUCAAAUAAUGGUGUCCUGCCAUGGCUUCUCAUUGUUGAUAUGCUACAUCAUAGUUACUGAGAAUCCACUGUGGCUGGAAUUUAGGACUCAUGUAGAUGAGAAAAAUUAAACUGGUAAAAAUGUAAUCUAGCACUCUCAGAUAUGCUAAUGAAAAAAAAUCCCAUUAAUGAAAACCCACUCAAUUUUUAAAUCUUUCUAGUAUUACUCCCUUAUCAAAACAAAAUUCUAUUCAAAGCCCACAACAAAAACCUCUAAUUGCUUAAUAGACUCUUUAACCUAAAAUAAAACAGUGAACUCAAGAUCCCCAAUUGAAAUAAUUGUAACUUCUGAAACUCAGCCAAGCAUUAAUAAUGACUUCAUAGUAGACACUGGGAUUAUGAAGUCACCUGUUUAUUGGAAUUCGUUUUCUAAACUAUACCAGGUGGCCUGACAAGGCAAUCCAGCAGAGGUCUUUUUUUUAACCUUCACAAUACCUUGAUCCUAGUUUGUUUCACACAUUUUAAGAGUGGGAAAUUAAAUAAAACUUGAGAUCAUGGCACUGAAACAUUCCAAGAGCAUUUAUGCCUACUCUAUCGAUUUGUGGCUCCAAUCUGUGGGUUAGGCUCAUGUAACUGCCAGAAUUGGGAUUGCUUGAAUGCAGCAUAAAGUUUAUAUGGCCCUGCCUGUUCAAGAUAGAACUCCCUGCAAACUGCAGAAAAAAAUGGAUCUGUGGUAAAUAGGCUGUGUCUUAUGCAUCUGGGACCCUACCCAUUAUGUUUAAAGAUGUAUGUCACUUCCAAUUCCACAAAAAUCCAGCCCCACGUCCAAAUAUUGCUCACAUGAUCACUAACCAAGUUAACAAUUUGAAUGACUGAACUUAGUUGUUAUAGACCAAGGCAAAAUAAGUAUAAACUAUACUAUUUAUAUGUGUGAUAUUAAGACCAGAGAUAGGACUAUAUAUCUUUACACAUCAGUAAGCAGUAGUUUUCAAGAUGUACUAAUUAAGCCAAUAAUUUACCAGUGAAUUUCACAAUGAAGCAAAUUCGUGGUAAUUAUUUUAUUUCAUGGGAUAGUGUUUAAGAAAGUAGUUUAUUUUACCUGUACUCAACUGAUAACUGACCAUCUAAAUUAUAAAUGUGUAUAACUCUCUUCUACACUAAAACAAUAAUAUACCUGGAAUGGAUUUCUCUUGACGUUAAUCUUUGGCGUAUAGAUGCUGGUAUUAGUAUAAUAUAAGCACAGCCCUUAUGUGAAGAGUAUACUAGUUGUGUCUGUUAUAUGUAUCUCCGAUUAAAAGGAGAUAUUAUUAUGCUAUAUUGCACUACACCUGCUUACCAAAAUUUAUGUAAAGGACAUUGAAAAUUUUAACUGAUGCCCAGAUUAAGAUCAUUGUGGCACAUGUCUAAAGGUGGCUUUCAGACUUUUGAUAUUUAGAGACGACAUUGAUAUUUAGAGACGGCACUGCCUCCAGUAGCAAUAACAGAAGUAUUAACACACUGACUCAUUUUAAAUUUGCACAUUUAAUGAGUUAUUUUAAUUUACCACCCAAGAUUCAGAGCAAAAUGUAAAAUAAUUAGUAAUUUUUUAGCAUUUGGUUCAUGAAGAAGUGCAUCAGAUCUUGUUUUGUGGAACGUCAGGAGUCAGUAUAUGCGUCAAUUUCAUCACAAGUCAGUUCUGCAGUAAUGAUGUGUUUAGUGUAAUUAACACAAUCAUUUUUGGUGGUGAAGAGUUGGAUAAGCUCAACUCCAUGAAUAGUGGUCCUUUAAAACCUAAGAUGAUCAUUUCAAGAUGGUGAGUGAAGGGUUGAUUACUGAAUACCCAUGGUAAUGACUUAAAGGAGUUUCAGCACCACAGUAUCACAGAAUGGAAAUACAUUUUCAAGCAUGCAGUUACUUUCUGCUGAUGUUGCAAAGUUGUUCUGUAACUGGAAACUUAAUUGUACUUAAACCCUAAAGCAGAACCUCAUGCAGAAUAUUAGGAACAUUAUUAAAAGUGGUAAGUCAUCACACAAGUCACACCUGCUCAGUACUAGAUUAGAAUUACAAUCAAGAAUGUGCAGUUUAUUGUCUUAGAGAUUUUUGAAGAUAAGACACAUUUAACCAAACAAAAGCUUUCAAUGGCUACCAUGUAUCUUGAACUGUAAAUACUGAACUGAAUAUAUAUUCAUUACUUACUUCCAUUUCUUGCACUUUGCAUAUUUAGAAUUGCUGUAUUCUCUUUGAAAAAUGCACAUUUUUAUUCAAAAGACUCGGAAAGUUGAAGUGAAAAUGUACACUUAGUGUCAUUUGCCUCUUAAAAGAUCAUGACAAUGUAAUUAUUUCUUUAUGUAAAAAAAAUGUUGAAUUUUAUAGAAUGUUCCAAAUGAACCUUA